AUGUCUCAAGAAAGUCAUGAAGGUUGUCAAGAAGAUCAUGAGCAUGUGAGUGAGAUUGAAACGAUUUUCUAGAAUUUUUAAAAAUAUUCAAAAAAAUUACAUUUAAAGAUGUUUCAAGCGUACGAAAAAAAUAUAAAAUUUAUCCAAAAAAAGGAAAAAUUAAUUAAGGAUGAACCAGCUGUGGACGACGACGUGAUCGCUACGGAAAAAGUUGUCAACGCCUUUUUAUUCUACAAAAAAUAUGGUCAGGAGAAAAUCCUGCACAUGUUAAAGCAAGUGAGGUGUGUUUGAAAAAUCGGUUUCCUUACUUUUUAAUCAAAUUUUUAGAGAAAUUCCCAACGAGCAUCAAAAAUUACUAGGAGAGACUUAUCGUGAACAAAUAACAGAGGUCAAACAGCGAUUGGAUCAUAAUUAUUCGUGAGCUGAAAAAUCUAGAAAAAAAGUUUAGUUUAUGUUCAGAAUGCUGAAAAUGAUUGUGAAUUAUGGCGUUGGAAUGUUCGGCGAGAACUUCAUGCAAUCCUUGCGGAUACAUCAACCGAGGUGAGAACAAAAAAUGAAGGUGUUCUUUGAAAAAAGGUGGAAAAGUAGGCUUAAAUGUUCGAAAAAAAAACUUUCAGAAUAAAAUUUUAUGAAAUUAAUUUUUUUUAUUCUAGUCGGUCUGUACGAGUGGCUAAAUUUCAUAAAAAAAUGAAAGAAUAAUUCGGAAUUAUCAGUAAAAUUGCAAUUUUUUUCGUUCUUUCUUCUCUGGAGCAUUUGAAUGAAUUGACUGUAUUUUUGGAAUUUCAGUUUUAAUUAAGAUCAAAGAUGUUGUUUUUUUCUUUUUUUGCAAAACUGGAGAGCUGAGUUGCAAAUUAAUUUUCGAUCCUUUUUUUGCUGUAAAAUUAUAUAACAAGAGUAGUUUAAAAAAAUAAUUAACAUAUUUUUUUAUAGCUAUCCAAAGAUAAUCUCGGUAAAAAAACUUAUGUCCCCGUCAGACUUGCCCGACCCUCUAGCUUCAUUUGUAGCGGGCUCGCGCCAGGCCCGAUUCUCAAAUUCUAUGAAAAAAUGUUUCAUUCUAGCUCAAAAAUAUUCUUUUCACUCAUUAGAUAUAGUUUUUAUUUAGUUUCAAAAGAAAAAGUAACAAAAAACGUGGAAUCAUCGUUAAAAAGGUCUGAUAUUUGGCCAUGAGAACGAUCUUUAAAAUAAUUUGCGAUUGAGAUUUUCCUGAAAUUUGAUCAAAGCACUCCUUGAUGUACCAGAAAAAGAAGCUGAAAGCCUCAAUCUGCACAACUUUCUACUUUUCGAGAAUAUAAAUUUAAAGAAAACGCUCAAAAUUUAUUAAAACUCACUAUUUUGGGGCUUUAGACCCUUGUUUCUGGAAAACUGAGAAGUUAUGCAGGUUGAUACAUUCAGAAUCUUUUUCUGGUACAUCAAGGAGUGUUCUGGACAAUUUUCAGGAAAUUGACAACGGCAAAGUAAAAUGACCUUCCCUUUUUGAAGUAGAUUGGCCGUUUUUGCUGUAGGCCCUGGUUCCAGUAGAAACUGUGAUGUACAAGAUCUCAUAAAACUGAAUUUAUGUCGAUUCCAGACGUCCAACUCCAGACUACAUGUCUAAGGUUCUCAGCACGAUACGACAGAUUGCAAGGGAAUGGUCGAGUGCUGGUGAGUUGAAAAAGCGCCACCAGUUUAUGAAUUUUUCGAGAAGAAAUUCGAAAAAAAUUGACACCCAUUUCGAUGACUUUUUUUCAUGAUUUUAUGGAGAAAAAAAGGCUAAAUUAUAUAUAUUUUUUUAUAGGCGAACCAGAGAGAGAUGCCACCUACACUCCAAUAAUUGAAGAGCUCCGACGGUUAUUCCCUGACCAGUCUAAAAGACAUGAUAUCCGGAUUUUCGUGCCCGGAAGUGGGCUCGGACGAUUGGCCUUCGACCUGAUGUCCGACGGAUUCUCGGUGGAGGGGAACGAGUUCAGCUUGUUCAUGCUCAUCACUUCCUGCUUCCUCCUCAAUGGCUGUAAAAAGGUUCAUCUACAAAUUGAUAUGUUUUAUUGAAAAAUGACUUGCGCCGCCUUUUCACGAGGUAAAAAAAGAGAGCAUUCGCUUUGAGACCCGUAAACUUAAUGUGUCGAUUUUUUGGGAAAAAAAACGGACUGACGUAGAACGUGUAUGAGUCUAGAAUGGAGAAAAGAAAAAUAAAAAAUGACCACGUGAUUUUUUUUUUCUAUUAAAAAUCAUUCUCAGUUUGAUGACACAAAAAUCUUAUAUCACCUUCCAUAAUACUCAAAAGCUUUUUUUUUGCCCCGAGAUCUUAAUCAGAAUUUUCUAGGCUCUUUCAGACAUCUAAGUUUCUAAAAAAAGGUUCUAUCUUUAUCUUACAGUAGACGAAAGUUUGUUAGAAUCUUCCUCUAACGAUCCUAAGCGAUUUCUUCCCAUUUUAGAAAAUUUGAAAAUCUAAUCAAUAUAGACGUUGUUAGUUAGAGUGCCGUGAAAAUAGUUUUCAGCGUUUUCUAGAGUAGCUGAGUUUUUUCAAAUAGAAUACGAUAAAAAAAACGUUUUAAACACCUUCUUAAAGACCUUUUCAAGAAAGACGAGUUCACGCUCUACCCGUUCAUCUUCGACAAGAGCAACUCCUGGUCCUACGAAGAUCAACUACGGCCCGUCACAUUCCCGGAUCGUUGUCCUGAUGGCACGCAAACCUCGGUUUUUUCCUCAGAACAUUCUGAGAACCCAGGAAAAUUCAGAGGAAGAACCUCUUCUCGAUGUGCGCCGGGGACUUCGUCGAAAUCAUGCGAAAAUCUCCGACUCCUCAUCAGGUCAUCGUCACGGCCUGGUUCAUCGACACCGCCCAUAAUAUUGUUGAGUAUAUUGGUUCGAAGACGAAAAAAUGAUUUAAAAAAUAAGACCAUUGGUUCAGAAUUGAUCCACAAGGGGCUGGAACCGGGUGGAGUUUGGAUCAACGUCGGACCACUGACUUAUCAUUUUGAGGACAUGAAGGAGGAGGUAAUCUCGUUGUUUCGACUGUAAAAGGGUCAAUGAAUGCUUUGAAAAAACUCCGGGAAGCUUAGAGUUAAAAUUGGCCUUGUCAUGGAUCCCUAGGAAAAAUGGUAGUUCUCAUUAGGAGAUCUAGAAAACUAGGUCAACUCGAGGGAAUGAGCCUAAAAUGGAUUUCCAUGGAAAUCGCCUUCUCAAUCAGCUCCAGGGUCUCGAUAAACUGAUAACUGAGCUCUGAAGGAAUAUUGGAUUUCAUGGGAAUAUUAUUAUAACUGAAUUCCAAGAGAAGAAGCUUAAAAUUAAGUUUUAAGAGAAGCAUCUGAACUGGGUCAUCUCACUUUGCGGUUGGGAGUUUGCAGAAAAUUGGCCAAAACUCCUUGAUUUACUAAAAGUGACUUCAAAAAGUCUCAAACUCUACAAAGAUUUCAAGAAUAACCUAUUUCAACGUAUCUUUAAGGUCGCAAACUAGAAAGGUCUAAAAGUUGAGACAAAAACAGCAGCGCUAAUUAGAAAAGCUUGAAAAAUCUAGGUUGUAAUUAAAUCGAGAGAAUGAGCCGAUAAUUGAUAACCAUGCAACUUUCUUUAAAAAUCAACUCCAAGGUCUCGAUAAACUGAUAACUGAGCUCUGAGAAGGAGUCAUCUAGUUCUGGAUACUCAAAAUAUCAAAAUGUUUUAUUUCUCACACAGAAAUACUGAAGUUUACGGAGUAAGUGUAGGGAAAAUUUUGGAUACUGUAGGUUUAACAGUUACUGUAGAUAGUGAAGAUACUGUAAUUUUAACGGAAAAAUAAAUGUGUUAUACGGAAAAUUACGGAAGAAGAACUUUCGAAUUGAAGUCAAAAAUAGGCUCGCUCAAAAAUGGCUCUUAGAAGUUGAAAAAACUUAAGUUUUUGAGCUUCUUGGAUAUUUUUACCUGAAAAUGGCCAUCAUGCAGUUUUGCUUCAUUUUUUUUUGUCGCCCUCUUUUCUGGCACACGUUGAAUAUUACAGUUUUAAAGCUCAUCAAAAAACAAAAUAGCAACUUUGCAUGUUCCCUUCGCCUGAAAUGCGGUGGUAUGAAAAAAUUACCAGCGAAAAUUCAAACGGCGACUUUUCCGAUUUUUUCGUAUCGCUAGGGAACUUUCCGACGGCCACCUUUCCGACGGAUCUUUUUCCGACUUUUUUUCUCGAUAAAAUUUUCGCUUUAAAUCUUCCUAUGUAAAGUAGGUAGUUGGUUCAUGAUUAAAACACAAAAAUAGGAAAAAAAAAUGUUUAUAGAUGCUUUAAAAACCGAAAAAGAUAAGGGAAAAAAGUCGGAAAGGAAUCCGUCGGAAAGAGAUUCGUCGGAAAGUUCCCUAGCGGUAUGAAAAAAUCGGAAAAGUCGCCGUUUGAAAUUUCGCUGGUGUUUUUUCCAUGCCACCUGAAAUGCACGGGUUCCGCCAACUCCUCGCGAAAUUGCAGUCGAGUAUCGAGCUCCCCUAUGAGGAGGUGAUGCGUAUCGUCCGAACUUUCGGGUUCCAAAUCACCGACGAACGGAAAAUCGACAGCAAAUACACGACGAAUCACCGUUCAAUGCUUCAGAAUCAGUAUACGUGUGCAUUUUUUGUUGCAAGAAAAUGA